CUGGGCUUGCAGGCGCAGUGUGAGCGGAGGAGCUGAGCGAAGGUGCACGGAGCCGGAGCGCUGGGGCGGCUGACAGUCUGCGCUGCCCCGGCUGGGCCGGGGCGCGUCUGGGGCAUGGGGCAGGGAGAGCCCAGCAGCUGACCAUGGCUGAGGGCUGGCCGUGGAGCUCCCGGCCCGGGGCUGCGUGCCCCCGCAGGGCCGUGAGCAUGUGCGAGUCGCUGGACCUGCGGGGCGACCCGGCGGUGCAGGCUGCCCUCACGGCCGCCCAGCAGCAGAAGAGACGGCCCAAGAGCCUGUGCUCGGUGGGCAAUGGGCUAGGCCCUGGCGCCCUGCUGCUCCCAGCGCCCCCCGCCAGAGCCCGCAGCGGCUUGCUGGACUUCUUCAGGCUGCGGCCUCCCCGCCGGCGGGAGGAGGGGGGCCUGGCUCAUGGGGCAGAUGGGGCGCAGCGCCUGCGCCCAGCCAGCAUGACCUGCCUGCCCUCGGGGCGGCAACCGCCCGCUGCCGAGGCCUCGGGCUUCCUGCGGGGCAGCUCCCUGUGGGGCAGUGGGCGCUGGAACAUCUUCCGGGGCAGCGGCCGCAGCAGCGCCGGCCCCAGGAGGAACUUCAGCUCCCUGCGCAAGAGCUUCAGCUUCCGCCUGCGGCGCGGCCAGGAGCUGCGGCGCUCGGAGUCGGGGGGGCUGCUGCGCCCGCCGCGCCUCCGCACCAAGAGCGAGGGCGACGCCAGCUCCCUGCACACCUGCCCCAGUAAGCGGGACCUGCUGUACCCGGAGCUGGGGCGAGCCGGCGGGAAGCCGUGCUCAGGCUCCGGCCAGGCCGGCGGCCUCUGGAAACUCCUCACCAGCCGCUUCCGCAGGCGGGACCGGGGCAGCGCCGCUCCCCAGGAGCCCCCCCGAGGCGCCGAGCCCCUCCUUGUGGCCGUGGGGGGCAGCCCGCUGCGAGCAUUGGAUUCGUUUGUGAACAGCCAGGAAUGGACCCUGAGCCGCUCGGUGCCUGAGCUCAAAGUGGGCAUCGUGGGGAACCUGUCCAGCGGCAAGUCAGCCUUGGUGCAUCGCUACCUGACUGGCACGUACGUGCAGGAGGAGUCCCCAGAAGGUGGCCGGUUUAAGAAGGAGAUCGUAGUGGAUGGUCAGAGUUACCUGUUGCUGAUUCGAGAUGAAGGGGGCCCCCCCGAGCUCCAGUUUGCCGCCUGGGUGGACGCCGUGGUGUUUGUCUUCAGCCUGGAGGACGAGAUCAGUUUCCAGACGGUGUAUAACUACUACCUGCGGCUCUGCAGUUACCGCAGCACGGCCGAGGUGCCCAUGGUCCUGGUGGGGACACAAGACGCUAUCAGUGCCACCAAUCCCCGUGUCAUCGAUGACUCUCGGGCCCGCAAACUCUCCAACGAUUUGAAGCGCUGCACGUACUACGAGACCUGUGCCACCUACGGCCUGAAUGUCGAGAGAGUCUUCCAGGAUGUGGCUCAGAAGGUGGUGGCCCUGCGGAAGAAGCAGCAGCUCUCCAUAGGGCCCUGCAAGUCCCUGCCCAAUUCACCCAGCCACUCGUCUGUCUCCGCUGCCUCUAUUCCUUCUGUGCACAUCAACCAGGCCACCAACGGCAGCGGCGCCUUUAGCGACUACUCCUCCUCCGUGCCCUCCACCCCCAGCAUCAGCCAGCGGGAGCUGCGCAUCGAGACCAUCGCUGCCUCCAAUACGCCCACCCCCAUCCGCAAGCAGUCCAAGCGGCGCUCCAACAUCUUCACGUCUCGAAAGGGCGCAGACCCGGAGCGGGAGAAGAAGGUGCCGGAGUGCAAGGCGGACAGUAUCGGCAGCGGGCGAGCCAUUCCCAUUAAGCAGGGCAUUCUCCUGAAGCGCAGCGGCAAGUCCCUCAACAAGGAGUGGAAGAAGAAGUAUGUGACGCUGUGCGAUAACGGAGUCCUCACCUACCACCCCAGCCUGCACGAUUACAUGCAGAACGUCCAUGGCAAGGAAAUAGAUCUGCUGAGAACAACAGUGAAGGUGCCGGGCAAGCGGCUCCCCAGGGCGACGACGGCGACAGCCCCCAGCGCCAGUCCCAAAACCAACGGGCUUGCCAAGGAGCGGAGCAGCAUGCAGUUCCCAGGAGGCCCAGGUGCCCCCCACUCGACCAGCAGCACCUCCCUGCACUCCGAACGCUCCAUCAACUUGGUGGGCUUCAGCUCGAAGCCAGACGGCAUGCACCAGCGCUCCUACUCCGUCUCCAGCGCAGACCAGUGGAGCGAGGCUGUUGUGAUCCCCAGCAGCUGCCCCAACCCCCCUAAUGGCACCGCAGAUGCUCUCAGCUCCAGCCCAAACAUGUCCAACGCUGCGAGCCCGAAGCUGGAGCCGCCUCCAUCCCCUCAUGCAAACAGGAAGAAACACCGCAGGAAAAAGAGCACAGGGACAGCCCGCCCUGAUGGCCCCAGCACAGCAGCAGAAG